GUUGUAGCGUCAUCGGUGAAGUAUCGAACUAAUUGACGAUAAAAAUCACUUCCCGGUUUUCCGAAUGAUCGUAUUUAUAAAAUAUGUGCUAAAUGAAUGAGUGCUGUGUAUUUAACGAUUAAGUUAGUUUUAUGUGAUAAUGUUUUAGCUCACUAGACAGCUUCUUUUGAUUAACACUAGUUGGUCAUUGGAGUUCGUCAACUUCAAACUUAGUUUACAAAGACGGCAAAACAAAAAAAAAUGUGGAAAUUAUUCAUGUUAUUUGUGCUUGUAUCGAACGGGGGAUCUGAGGCGUGUGAUGACGCUCACAAUUUGGACAUAAGUUUCGGACAACGUUUUUCAAACGGAGAUAUUUAUUACAAUAGAAACAAAUACACCCGCUAUCAAUAUUUCACUGACAAUGAGAGAACUUGCGUCUGUAAAAAGCAGACUUGUCUUUUGAAGUGCUGUCCCUAUGGAUACGGUUACAACCCUGAGAAGAAGGAAUGCUUCGAAAUAACAGAACCGUUUAGCCCGAAAGUUGUAGACCAGUACCUACAAGUGCACAGUCUCAAUGCGACAGAAUAUUUUGAUUUCAAUUUUGGUAAACCUAAUUGCACGAAUUCUCAAUUUCGCAUACGAAUGAAGCAGAUUUAUAAGAAGAGAACUGAAAUAAGAACUGAUGGAAAGCUGUAUAUUGAAGUUCCAACUAGCAUACCGCCGUGGAUUCUGCGCGGCCCUGACAAAUACUGCGUCGAUACAUUCAUUUUUGAAGAUGAUAAGGGUAAAAGAAUAACUAGCUUCGAUGCUCUGGUUUGCUUCGCGGAUGAAAAAGAAGAUGAACAUUAUGUUCUUAGUUCUACUUGUAUGAUUAUAUCCUGCGUGUUUAUUCUGGCGACUGUGGCGGUCUACGGCUGGUUGCCGGAAUUGCGCAACUUACACGGCCGGGUGUUAAUGGCGUACCUCCUCUGUCUAUUCGUCGGGUUCAUUUGCAUGGCGACCAUGCAGAUAUUGCUGAAAAUCGAUGAUAUCAGCGUAAACACUUGCGUUGCACUUUCGAUUAUAUGCUACUUCUCCCUGCUGGCAGCCUUCUUUUGGUUGAACGUCAUGUGCUUCGAUAUUUGGUGGACUUUCAGUGGUAAUCGUGGUAUGUCCAUGGAGAAAAUGUCGGUGCAAGCUAAAUUCUACGCUUACUCAAUAUAUGCGUUUAGCAUUCCAACUGCGCUCACCAUCAUCAUGGUGUCUCUGGAGUUUUCUGGUCUUCCACCGCAUCCCCUACUACCUUCAUUAAGGCACCAGGGAUGUUUCUUAUAUGGUAAAAGCAAAUUGUUCUAUCUCUACGGGCCGAUUGUUAUCCUAUGGUUCGCAAACAUGGUGUUCUUUAUUCUAACCGCUGUGAAGAUAACGCAGAUCAAAAAGCAAAUUUCUGUCCUGAAGUGUAGGGAAAGUGCCAAGCAUGACAAACAGAACAAAGAGAAGCAAAGGUUACUGCUCUACAUCAAGUUAUUCAUUGUGAUGGGAAUCAGCUGGUUAUUGGAGGUGAUCAGCGCCAUAUAUCCGAAAUCGUAUGGCUGGCGCUUCGUUGACGCGUACAAUGUUCUCAUAGGACUCAUUAUUUUCAUCAUCUUCGUCUGCAAACGCAAGAUCCUCGGCUUAUUGAAGAAAAGGAUCAAAGAAGGUAUUCUCCGCCGGAAACAAGGAAUAAUCAACAUGACAAUGAUACAUAGAAAUGGAACUGUAAACAAUCUAAGAAAUUACAAGCAAAGAGACAGUUUAGACACGAUAAGAAGUUCCUGUCCAGAAGCAGGUAGCAACAAAACAAUAAACACGACAAACGUAUAAUAAAGAUGCGAAGCAACGAAAGCCCAACGAUUAUUUUAAACAACAAUUAUAAUUUAGUAUUCCAUACUUAAUGUAAGAUAUCGUGAGAAUGAAAUAUAAGUGAAAUAUAAAUAAACUAAGACUGAACUGAUUGAAAUAAAUGAAUGUAAUUCAAAUAAUAAUUAAUUCGAUUUAAGGAAAAAAUUGCAACGUACAGAACGAUUACAGUGAAAUAAUAAUUUAAGAAAGAAGAUAAAUAACUAACAAGAUACAAGCAAUACCGUGAAGACCCGUUAUCUAAGAGCCAGGCUUCAACGAGAACGUUCUCCACUCGGGACGAAAUGGCACUUACAACAAGAAACCCAUAAGGAUUUUAAUAACGAAACCUUUGGCAAAUAAAUCAGUCAAAGCGGUCUAAUAGAUGUUUUUAAAAAAUAUAAUGGACUAUUAGCUCUUUACCAAAAUAUUUAAUCUUAGAUUUUUCGCGCACGUUUGUCAUAUUUGCAUUUAUCUCCACAGAUAACGUAAUUGGUUAAAAUAUUGCCACCGAAUAUAUACCUUGUAAACAUAUUUUCCUUCGAUAUAACUAAUGAAAUAUUUAAAAGACUUUAAAAUAGCUAUCGAUAUUAAGUUAUUUUUUAUAUUAAAAGAUCCGAUCUUGCUUUGCUUUAAUAUUGGCAGAAUAUUUCGGAUUACCAAAUAUAAAUAUUGGACAAUUAAAAAAAAAAAGAAAUAUUCAAAUAUAAAAUAGGAAUUAAGUGCAAUUAUUAAUUAAGGGUCACAUGAAUUAGUGCAACUGGUCUUAUACUAAAGUUUUCUGAAAGGUCUAGUUUUUUGCUAAGAGUUUAGAACAAAUUACGAUGAUUUCCUAAAUUUAACUGAACAUAGUUUGUGAUAAGCAGUAAAGUCUUUCACAUAUGUAUAUCACAAAACUCAAAUUUAACAGAAAAAAUAUUUCUCUGGUUUAAUCCGGUUUAAUCUAAUUAUAUCUUUGAUUUGGAUAAUAAACUUGGCAAACCUUUCAGAAAACAUAACAUAAAGACAAUUUCAAAUGUAACAUUAGUUUAAGAUUAAGAAUUUAGUUAUUAAUAUAUUAUAUAUAUUCUAUUGACAUUUUACACAAUAUAAAAUUAUUAUUAAAUUAUUAUACGUUCAUUUUAUUAUUGCUAAAUUUUAUAACAGCCUAAGUGAUCACGGUUUUUGUAUUUAUAUAUUGUAUUAAAAAUGUUUUUUUUUAAGUAUAUAUAUUUAAUAGGAUAUACACAAAACGUGCCUUUACUACUACUAUAUUUAUUAAAAUAUAUAGCGGGAUCAAAACCCCAUAGCGAUCGACGUUAGCUUAUAGUCAAAUGUACGUAUGGACAUAAUAUGCACAUUAUAUAUUUAAAAUUAAAAUGAUCUCAUUGAAACACUGCAUUUUUCAUAAUUAAUAGAUUUAUUAAAUCACUUUCUUUAAAUAAAAUAAUAUGUAAGUAUAUUUACACUACAAUUUCACACCUAGUUAUAAUUAUAAUUAAUGUCACAUAUCAAUUACGAUGUACACUUAAAUCAACAUCACCUUACAAUAAAAAUUUCUUUCUAAUUUUGUACGUAUUACGACAAUAGAUGUCAAAGAUAGUAUAACUGUGUGUCCAAUACUAGUGUUUUUACUUAUUCGAUAGCUUUGACGUUAACGGCGAUAUAUAUGGAGUACUGAUUAUAGUCACUAGAUGGCGCUGUUUUCAUUAUUUACAAAUAGCCUUUAACGUCAAAAAUCUCGAUUAAAGCGCACAAAGAACACUGUUCCUUGUCGAACUAUCGAUAAUAUCAUCGUAUUGAACAAUAGUAAAUGUAUAAAAUAGCAAUUUUUGUCGAAUGAUAAAUAUUCGUGCAGACUCUAUUGUACAUAUUCUCUUAAAUUAAAUUUGUUACAUUAGAUAUACAUAAUCGAUAUGUAGUUUUAUCAACACGAUUUUAACUAUCUGUGUCGAAGUCGGUAUUCUAUGUCUUAUUUAUUUUUCGAGUAAACAAUUGAUUACAGUUUGUGAUUAAAACUGACGACGUAACGAUGUGUAAGUUGGAGUAGAUUUAAAAAUCGAACAAACAACGACGAUCAAUUAAAAAUCAUUUGUAAAGCUACCCACUUCUGUCGCAUGAGCGUGGCUGAUGUUUCGCGUUUUUGUAUCACGGUUGUUUUUGUUUAGCUAAAUUGAAAAGUUUUUAUAAAUUUACUCAAAUUACCUUGAACUAUGUUUACUUAAAAGUUAAAAUUUUUGUCACCAUUUUAAAAUACAAGGAGUAGGAUGAGCUUGCUAUAAUUUACAUAGUAUUUAAUUUGACAUCAUUUUAUGUUGAACUAUAUAGGGUUCGGUAUCUUAUUAUACUUAUAUAAAAAUGAAUGUUGAUAUAACUGUUUGAGACCGUUUGCACGAAAGUUGACAUGGACAAGGUUGUAAUAAUAUAAAUAAUCCAUUAUGUUGUAGCUCGCUGGUAGAUGGCGCUAAAGUACGUCAAUUUGUUUACCCUUGCAAAUCUUCAUGGCAAUACAAAGGCAGAAAAACGUCAGCCGAGUUAUAAAAAUAUAAUAUAAUAAAGUGAAAAUCAAAUAAUUUUACACGACUGCUCAAAAAAAGGAGUAUAUGCAUGUAUUUGAGUUUAUUUAUUCCACCUUAACUUUAGAAUGCCUGGACAAAUUUGUAUGUAUCGAGGUAUCGUUAGAAUCCUUACACGAUCCCGGCUGACACUGUCUAUAAAUUCAGGGCAGUUAUGUUUUUUUUAAGGUUAAAAAGAAGUUUUAAUUUAAAAUAUCAAUUUCGUUUUAAUUAUCUAGGAUGGUUGAAAUAGUAUUUUUUUUUUAAUUUUUAAUAUAUAUAUAUAUAUUGAUUUAUCAAAUAUUGUUAUAUUAGCGAUCGUCCUAUACAAAUUUAGUAAUAUACAAAUUUUAAUAAACUUUGUAUAC